UGCCGGGAGCACCUCUCAGUUGAAGAUGGCGACGUCUCUGGGUUCGAACACGUACAAUAGACAGAACUGGGAGGAUUCGGAUUUUCCCAUUCUCUGUCAGACUUGUCUGGGGGAGAAUCCAUACAUCCGCAUGACCAAAGAGAAGUAUGGCAAGGAAUGCAAGAUCUGUGCAAGGCCGUUCACGGUCUUCCGCUGGUGCCCAGGGGUCCGAAUGCGCUUCAAGAAGACAGAGGUGUGUCAGACGUGCAGUAAGAUGAAGAACGUUUGCCAGACAUGUCUGCUGGACCUAGAAUACGGGUUGCCAAUCCAGGUUCGUGACACUGGGCUAACUAUCAAAGAUGACAUGCCCAAGUCAGAUGUGAACAAAGAGUACUACACACAGAACAUGGAGAGAGAGAUCCAGAAUUCAGACGGGACUCGACUUGUGGGCCAACUGGGCAAGGGGCCUGGCUACAGUGAUAUGCUGCUCAAGUUGGCUCGCACCACGCCCUACUACAAGAGGAACCGGCCACACAUCUGCUCCUUCUGGGUGAAGGGCGAGUGCAAGAGGGGUGAGGAGUGUCCUUACAGGCAUGAGAAACCCACAGACCCAGAUGAUCCGCUGGCAGAUCAGAACAUCAAAGACCGUUUCUAUGGCAUUAAUGACCCUGUGGCAGAAAAGCUGUUAAAACGGGCCUCCACCAUGCCCCGGCUGGACCCACCCGAGGACAAGAGUAUUACCACAUUAUACGUGGGUGGGCUUGGAGAUUGCAUCACAGAACUGGAACUCAGGAACCACUUUUACCAGUUUGGAGAGAUCCGAACCAUGACCGUUGUGCAGAGGCAGCAGUGUGCUUUCGUUCAAUUUGCCACACGACAGGCAGCAGAGCUGGCUGCAGAGAAAUCCUUCAACAAGCUCAUCAUCAACGGUCGUCGGCUAACAGUCAAGUGGGGCAGGUCACAGGCUGCAUGGGGCAGGGACAAAGAUGGGGUAAAUGAAGUGGGGAUGAAGCUGGAACCAGUGCCUGGCCUGCCAGGGGCUCUGCCUCCUCCUCCUGCUUCAGAGGAAGACACCCCAGCCAACUACUUCAACUUAGAUCCCAGCACAUCUCCUGCAGUUAUGAACAUGCCAGUUCUGCCGCCACCAGGGAUCGUUCCUCCUCCUCCUCCUCCUCCAGGUUUUGGACCGCCUGUGUUCCACUCUGUGGGUAACCCACCUCCUCCGCCCAUGUCUAUGAGGCCUCCGGGACAAAUUCACUAUCCCUCCCAGGAUCCUCAGCGCAUGGGGGCCCAUGCCAGCCGUCAUGAUGGAUCCUAGUUACGUGGUUUCUUUGUCAGUUUUUGUCACUUUUUUACUCCAUGAAGCGAAGUAAUUGGUGACUUAUUAUUUGACUUUUAUCUCAUGUGAAAUGUGAAGUAAAUUUAAUUGAAACUGUAGUUUUCUACAAACAAGGUCAUUUAUAGCAUACGAUUUUCCUAACUGUUGAGAGGAGAAUAAAAAAUACAGAAAUAUGCUUGAAAGUUUAUAAUUUAUAACUUGGAUAAGACACAAGAGAAUGUUGACAUUACUCUGGUUAGCCUGUUGUUUCAGGUGAUGAGGAGGAAUUCCACUAUGAUCUGUGGAAAGUUUGACUGCUCCUUUUAGCUCAUUUAUGCUUAAGGUUUAUUGCUAUGCUUGAUCUAACAUUUAUGGAAUGUACCACAGACUUUUCUAAAUUGACUAUAUCAUUGCGUGUCCACACGGUCUUACAGAUUUUCUGUACAUACAUUAUCCUCGCAGACGGAUACAGGGAACUACACUGGCUCCUCUUAUAAACAUUUUUUACACAUUUUCAAAGAAUUUUUUCCAGUUUUUUCAAUUGUAUUUUAUUCAUCAUUCUAUUUCCUCUUUCUAAAAACUUCUGUUGAGUAGUGAAAAUGAACAGCAUUUCUGCAUCCGGCCAGUAGUUGAAAGUCAAAUGCACUCAGAAAGCGGUGUGGGACCACUUCAAUUCAUUUGUCUUCCACAGUGUUUAUAGCUUGAGUCUAAUGUUCCAGUGUUAAUGAUCAGUAAUAAAAUGAGAAACUUUGCACAUUUAUUGGAUGAAAUGGUCAAAAGUCUGCACUGAAC